AAAAAUUUUAAUUACAGUGAUUCAAGUUAAUUAAUUUAAAGACUAAAAUAAAAUAAUUAAGAAGAUGGGCCAAGGCCUAAGUUUGGGCUGACUUCUUUAUGGGCUUUAUUCUUUUCUUUCAUCUUGAAAACUCGGUUUGGCCUCCAUGAUCAAAAUCAAAAUCUUCUUGAGCUCCAUCCAUGAAACCGAGAUGAGUAUUACAGCGAACAGAAUCUUCCAAUUCUUGAACAGCUGCUCCUAUCGCUGUCAUCUUCACCAAAUUCAAUCACAACUCAUCAUCCAAAACCUUCAAUCCGACACCACCAUUGCCGCCCACUUCAUCUCUGCUUGCCACUCACUGGGUCUCCUCUGUACGGCCCAUGAAUUCCUCUUCAUCCACCUCUAUAACCCUCAUGUCUUCAUCUGCAAUUCCCUCAUUCGAGCCUUCUCCCACGCCUGCAUUCCUCAUUUCCCUUACGCCAUCUACGCUAGCAUGCACGGCAACUCCAUCGUCACCAAUAAUUACACUUUCCCUUUUCUUUUCAAGUCGUUGGCCGACUUCAGUGAGCUGAAACGAGGACGGUCCGUGCAUACCCAUGUAGUCAAACUCGGUUAUCUUGCUGAUAUUUACGUGGGGAAUUCGCUGCUGAACGUUUACGCCUCGCGCGAAGGGGACAUGGAGUUGUGCCGCCAACUGUUCGAUGAAAUGCGUGAGAGAGAUGUUGUGUCGUUUACUGUUUUGAUUACUGGGUUUCGGAGAGCUGGGAAGUACGAUGAUGCGUUGAUUGGGUUUGAACAGAUGCUCUCCACGGGUGUGGUGCCAAAUCGUGUGACGAUGGUGAAUGCGCUGGCUGCGUGCGGGAGCUUUGGUGCCAUUGAUAUGGGUGUUUGGAUACAUGGAUUUAUAAAGAGAAAAGGGUGGGAAUUGGAUGUGAUUUUAGGGACUGCUUUGAUUGAUAUGUACGGGAAGUGUGGGAGGAUUGAAGAAGGCUUGAGUGUGUUCCAUAAGAUGAAGGAGAAGAAUAUCUUUACAUGGAAUGCAAUAAUCAAGGGACUCGCUCUGGCUAAAAAUGUAGAAGAAGCAGUUUUCUGGUUUACUAGAAUGAAGCAAGAAGGUUUCAUGGCGGAUAAAGUGACUUUGCUUGAGAUGCUCUGUGCCUGCUCCCAUUCUGGAUUUGUAGACAUGGGGAGACAGAUUUUUUGUUCAUUGAUCCAAGGCAAGUACGGAUUCUCACCUACUGCAAAACAUUACGCGGCCACGAUUGAUCUCUUAUCUCGCGCAGGGUGUCUUAAAGAUGCUUUCAGGAUCAUAAGAGGAAUGCCGUUUGAACCUACUAAAUCUAUGUGGGGUUCAUUGCUGUCUGGUUGUAGAACUCAUGGAAGCUUGGAAUUGAGUGAGUUUGCAGCUAAGAAGCUUGUAGAGUUGGAGCCGGAGAGUGGUGCAUACCAUGUUGCCCUCUCUAAUUUGUAUGCAGAAAUGGGAAGAUGGAAUGAUGUUGAAGAAGCUAGAGAAUUGAUGAAAGACAAGGGAUUCAACAAGGAACUCGGCUGCAGUUCCAUGGAACCUGAUCCCCAAAAUCAUGUUCAUGACUCUGAUGCUAUUAUUAAGAUGAAUACAUGUUCAUGACUCUAAUGUUAUUACUAAGAUCAGUAGGUGCUUGCCAUUUACGAUUACCGCAGUAUUAUAGCAUCCAUGGCAAAAAAAGAAGCCACUUAGCUAGGACCCAAGUGGUGAUACCUUUGUUUGACGGAACAGGAAAGUUUAAGUCCUUUUGGACUGAGUCUUCUGUAAAGGCGGCCUCAAAUCAAGAUUGAAGAAGAAGAGGAGAGGAAGAUGAACUAGUAUAAGAGAUUGAUUGUUCAUAUACAUAUAUAUAUACUGUGAUUAAUUCCUAAACUUUCUACCAAUUACCAUUUAGUUUAGGAAUUAUCUGAUUCCUCAAUUAGUUUGCAAACGGUGGAAUUGUUUGAAUCUAAAUAUACCUGUUCUUGUCCCAGAUGGGACACAUA